AUCGCAUACGUAUGAGUUAAAUUCCAAGGCUAUUAUUACUUAUUAUUAUUAAUCAGUAUGUUGGUAAAUAAAAAAUAAAAAAUAUAAUAAUCAUUUAGGUACUGUGUACUUGAUUUUUUUUUACGAAGCAUUUUUAAAAUUUUUUUUCGUUAUAAUUAUAAUCUACCUUGUGAUGAUGAUAAUGAUGAUGAUGAUGUACUGAUAGUGUCAGAAUAUUAAUUAAAUAAUAUUAUCCAAUACAUCAAUAAUAAUUAGAACAGAAAAAAAAAAAUUAUAAUAUAUUGAUAAUAUUGCAUGAAUUGCAAUAAUUAAUUUUAAUUAUAUCUACAGUCAGCCAACAUAUUCCAUAUAGGCAUUAAUAUAAUAUUAAAAAAUAAUAGCCAAAAAAAUGUCAUCAGAAUUAAGAUUUGAUGGAAAAGUUGUUGUUGUAACUGGAUCAGGUGCUGGUCUUGGACGUGCAUAUGCAUUGGCAUUUGCAGCUCGUGGUGCAAAGGUCGUUAUAAAUGAUUUAGGAUCAGGUCGUCAUGGUGAUGGAUCAAGUACAAAGGUUGCUGAUCAAGUUGUUGAUGAAAUAACAAAAAAUGGUGGUAUUGCUGUUGCAAAUUAUGAUUCAGUACUUGAUGGUGAUAAAAUUAUUAAAACAGCAAUUGAUGCAUUUGGUAAAAUUGAUAUAUUAAUUAAUAAUGCUGGUAUACUUAGAGAUAAAUCAUUUGUUAAAAUGUCUGAUAAUGAUUGGAAUAUAAUCCAAGAUGUACACUUGAAAGGCUCAAUGAAAACAACACAUGCUGCAUGGCCAUAUUUUCGAAAACAAAAAUAUGGUAAAAUUAUAUUUACAUCAUCAAAUGCUGCACUUUAUGGUAAUUUUGGACAAGCAAAUUAUAGUGCAGCUAAAAUGGGACUUAUUGGACUUGCAAAUACACUUUCAAUUGAAGGACAAAGUUCAAACAUUUCAACAAAUGUCAUUGUACCAACUGCUGGCUCACGUUUAACUGAGGGUAUUGUUCCACCUGAUUUUUGGAAAGAACUUAAACCAGAAUUAAUUGCACCAAUUGUACUCUGGCUUUGUCAUGAUGAUUGUCAAGAAAAUGGUUCAAUUAUUGAGUCAGCUCUUGGUUGGGCUGGUAAAUGUCAUAUUGUAAGAUCAAAUGGUGUUAUUUUACGUAAAAAUAUUAAUGAUCCAGUAACACUUGAAGCUGUAAGAGACAAUUGGUCAUCUGUAACUGAUAUGUCAAAUGCUCAACGUUUUGAAACAAUUGCUGAAGAAGCUGCUGAUCUUAUGGGUGUUGUUGAUAAAUUAUCACAAAGUUCACAACAAACUGACAAAACAUAUUCUGUUAAACAUACGUAUAAUUUUAAAGAUGCAAUAUUAUAUGCACUCAGUAUUGGUGCAUCAAUAAAAGAUCCACGUGAAUUUCGUUAUUUGUAUGAAAGCAAUGAUAAUUUUAGUGUUUUUCCAACGUACUAUGUUGUGUAUGGACCACUUGCUGCUUUUGAAACUACAUUAAUACAUGAUAGUUUACAAAGAGAUGAUAUUAAUCUUGCUGGUGCUGUACAUGGUGAACAAUAUUUAAAAGUUUUAAAGACAAUACCAGUUGAGGCAAAUGUCGAGACACGAGUUUAUUUUCAAGAUAUUCUUGAUAAAGGAAGACAUGCAUUUGUAUUGAUAAAACAUGAAACAUAUGAAGUUGAUAGUGGUGAUAAAAUAUCAGAAGGACAAAUUGUUGCUAUAUUUCAAGGUGCUGGUGGUUUUGGUGGUAAAAAAAAAUCAAUUCAUGAAAUACCAUCAUAUGAAAUGCCAAAACGUAAAGCUGAUUUUACAGUUAUACAAAAAACUAGUGUUGAACAAGCAGCAUUUUAUAGAUUAACAUCUGGUGAUACAAAUCCACUUCAUAUUGAUCCAGAUGUUGCUAAAAUGGUUGGCUUUAAACAACCAAUUCAACAUGGUUUAUGUUCACUUGGUUUUUCAGUUAGACAUGUUCUAAAUACAUUUGCAUCUGGUGAUUCAAAAUUGUUUGAUUGUUUACGUGCUAGAUUUAGCAAACCAGUUAUUCCUGGUCAAACAUUGAAAACUGAUAUGUGGCGAGAAGGAAAUAGAAUACAUUUUCAAACUACAACUGUUGAAACUAAUACACCUGUUAUAACAUUUGCUCAUGUUGACCUGAAAGACAUCAAAAUAUCUGAAUUUGCAUCAAAACUUUAAAUAAUAUUGUUGAAUAAUUAUAAAAUUAUUAUCAUAGAUUUAUCAGGGAAUCAGGUGGUUUUUUUUUAUUGGGUGGAAAGGAGAAAUUUUUUAUUUUAUAUUUACUGGUGUAGUGUUUUUAUAUGUUUGUUGAAAAUUUUUUAUUAUAAUAAAUAAAUAAAAGGUUUUAUUGGUACUUCAUUUACUUGUGGUAUCUAAAAUUUAU